CGGGGACGGGCUGGGCAGACCGCUGGGGCCCACGCCGAGCCAGAGCCGCUUCCAGGUGGACGUGGUCUCCGAGAACGCGGGGCGGGCCGCGGCGGCGGCGGGCGCGGAGUCGGCGGGGAAGGAGACCCCCGCGGGAGGGAAGGCCAGUGGCGAGAGCGGCUCGGCCAAGGCCAGCGAGGAAGCCAAGGGCCGCUUCCGCGUGAACUUCGUGGACCCGGCCGCGUCCUCAUCGGCGGAGGACAGCUUGUCGGACGCGGCGGGGGUCGGAGGCGACGGGCCCAACGUGAGCUUCCAGAACGGCGGGGACACGGUGCUGAGCGAGGGCAGCAGCCUGCACUCGGGCGGCGGCGGCAGCGGGCACCACCAGCACUACUACUAUGACACGCACACGAACACCUACUACCUGCGCACCUUCGGCCACAACACCAUGGACGCCGUGCCCAGGAUCGACCACUACCGGCACACGGCCGCGCAGCUGGGCGAGAAGCUGCUCCGGCCCAGCCUGGCCGAGCUCCACGACGAGCUGGAAAAGGAACCUUUUGAGGAUGGCUUUGCAAAUGGGGAAGAAAGUACUCCUACCAGAGAUGCUGUGGUCACAUACACUGCAGAGAGUAAAGGAGUUGUGAAGUUUGGCUGGAUCAAGGGUGUACUGGUACGUUGUAUGUUAAACAUCUGGGGUGUGAUGCUGUUUAUUCGAUUGUCAUGGAUUGUGGGCCAAGCUGGAAUCGGUCUGUCGGUUGUUGUGAUAGCGAUGGCCACUGUUGUGACAACUAUUACAGGACUGUCUACUUCAGCGAUAGCUACUAAUGGAUUUGUGAGAGGAGGAGGAGCAUAUUAUUUAAUAUCUAGAAGUCUAGGGCCAGAGUUUGGUGGUGCAAUUGGCCUAAUCUUCGCUUUUGCCAAUGCUGUCGCAGUCGCUAUGUAUGUGGUUGGAUUUGCAGAAACUGUGGUGGAGUUGCUUAAGGAACAUUCCAUUCUUAUGAUAGAUGAAAUCAAUGAUAUCCGAAUUAUCGGAGCCAUAACAGUGGUCAUUCUUUUAGGUAUCUCCGUGGCUGGCAUGGAGUGGGAAGCAAAAGCUCAGAUUGUUCUUCUGGUGAUUCUACUUCUUGCCAUUGCUGAUUUCAUCAUAGGAACAUUUAUUCCAUUGGAGAGCAAGAAGCCCAAAGGUUUCUUUGGUUAUAAAUCGGAAAUAUUCAUGGAGAACUUUGGACCCGAUUUUCGAGAUGAAGAGACUUUCUUUUCAGUGUUUGCCAUCUUCUUCCCUGCUGCAACUGGUAUUCUAGCUGGAGCAAACAUCUCAGGUGAUCUUGCAGAUCCUCAGUCAGCCAUACCCAAAGGAACACUCUUAGCCAUUUUAAUUACAACACUGGUUUACAUAGGAAUUGCGGUAUCUGUAGGUUCCUGUGUUGUUAGGGAUGCCACUGGGAACAUUAACGACACCAUUGUAACAGAACUCACAAACUGUACUUCUGCAGCCUGCAAAUUAAACUUUACCUUUUCAUCUUGUGAAAGCCACCGUUGUGACUAUGGCCUAAUGAAUAACUUUCAGGUAAUGAGCAUGGUGUCAGGAUUUGCACCAUUAAUUUCUGCAGGUAUCUUUUCAGCCACUCUUUCUUCAGCAUUAGCAUCUCUUGUGAGUGCUCCCAAAAUAUUUCAGGCUCUUUGUAAGGACAACAUCUACCCAGCUUUCCAGAUGUUUGCUAAAGGUUAUGGAAAAAAUAAUGAACCUCUUCGUGGUUACCUCUUAACAUUCUUAAUUGCACUUGGAUUCAUCUUAAUUGCUGAACUGAAUGUUAUUGCUCCAAUUAUCUCUAACUUCUUCCUUGCUUCAUAUGCAUUGAUCAAUUUUUCGGUAUUCCAUGCAUCGCUUGCAAAAUCUCCAGGAUGGCGUCCUGCGUUCAAAUACUACAACAUGUGGAUAUCACUUCUGGGUGCAAUUCUUUGUUGCAUAGUGAUGUUUGUCAUUAACUGGUGGGCUGCAUUGCUAACAUACGUAAUUGUCCUUGGACUGUAUAUUUAUGUUACCUACAAAAAACCAGAUGUGAACUGGGGAUCCUCCACACAAGCCCUGACCUACCUGAAUGCGCUGCAACAUUCAAUCCGUCUUUCUGGUGUGGAAGACCAUGUGAAAAACUUUAGACCACAGUGUCUUGUUAUGACAGGUUCUCCAAAUUCACGCCCGGCUUUGCUCCAUCUUGUUCAUGAUUUCACAAAAAACGUUGGUUUGAUGAUCUGUGGCCAUGUGCAUAUGGGCCCUAGAAGACAAGCGAUGAAAGAGAUGUCCGUGGAUCAAGCCAAAUACCAGCGCUGGCUCAUUAAAAACAAAAUGAAGGCUUUUUAUGCUCCUGUCCAUGCAGAUGACUUGAGAGAAGGCGCACAAUACUUGAUGCAGGCUGCUGGUCUUGGUCGUAUGAAACCAAAUACACUUGUCCUUGGAUUUAAGAAAGAUUGGUUGCAAGCAGAUAUGCGGGAUGUGGAUAUGUAUAUAAACUUAUUUCAUGAUGCCUUUGACAUACAGUAUGGAGUAGUGGUUAUCCGCUUGAAAGAAGGUCUGGAUAUAUCUCAUCUUCAAGGACAAGAAGAAUUGUUAUCAUCACAAGAGAAAUCUCCCGGCACCAAGGAUGUGGUACUAAAUGUGGAAUAUGGUAAAAACUCGGACUUAGACACUUCCAAACCAUCUGGUGAAAAGUCUGUUACGCAUAAAGAUGAGGAAGAGGAUGGCAAGACUCCAACUCAACCACUGUUGAAAAAAGAAUCCAAGGGCCCUCUUGUACCUUUAAAUGUAGCUGACCAAAAGCUUCUUGAGGCUAGUUCACAGUUUCAGAAAAAACAAGGAAAGAAUACUAUUGAUGUCUGGUGGCUUUUUGAUGAUGGAGGUUUGACAUUAUUGAUACCCUAUCUUCUGACUACCAAGAAAAAAUGGAAAGAAUGUAAGAUCAGAGUAUUCAUUGGUGGAAAGAUAAACAGAAUAGACCAUGAUCGGAGAGCGAUGGCUACUUUGCUUAGCAAGUUCCGAAUAGACUUCUCCGAUAUCAUGGUCUUAGGAGAUAUCAAUACCAAACCAAAGAAAGAAAAUAUUGUAGCAUUUGAUGAAAUGAUUGAGCCAUACAGACUUCAUGAAGAUGACAAAGAACAAGAUAUUGCAGAUAAAAUGAAGGAGGAUGAACCAUGGCGCAUAACAGAUAAUGAGCUUGAACUCUAUAAAACUAAGACAUACCGGCAAAUCAGGUUAAACGAGUUAUUAAAGGAACAUUCAAACACAGCAAAUAUUAUUGUCAUGAGUCUCCCGGUUGCACGAAAGGGUGCUGUGUCCAGUGCUCUCUAUAUGGCCUGGCUGGAAGCUCUGUCUAAGGACCUGCCACCAAUUCUCCUGGUUCGUGGGAAUCAUCAGAGUGUCCUUACUUUCUAUUCCUAGACGUUCUGCACCGUAGACUGCCCUCAAGAACGGUACUUCAGUGCCUAAAGAAGUGACUGAAAUCUUCGAUGGAUGACACGUUAACAUGACAGUGGCAAACUGACUUUUCUUUCACUAUUUCAUUAAUUUUGAAGCACACAGGAAAGUUUCUCCAUUGAUAUGUGUAUGGAGAGUUUAGUUUUAGUCAAUUCCAUAUUUCAAUUUUUAUGAAUGGUGAUUCUCUCUUGUUGGACUGAAGUUCAUAAGAGUAAAGUUUUCCUUUGCUACUUGAAUAGCAAUAAAAGUGUGAUUUUUUUUUUUUUUUUGAUAGAUGAAAGGAGUAUAAAAAGCCUUUAGCCUCGAGGUGCCUUCUGAGACUAACCAAAUUUCAUCCAUAUAUCCUGUUUUUAUAAAUUUGUAGGAUGUCAAACUUUGCCUUCAGAUAUUUUAUUUCUAGUGUCUUUCACCUUAAAAUGGACCCUACUUUUCAUCUUCGAUCGACCAAUUAGUGUUGAGUACUGUAUGUUUUCUAUGUUUUGUAGAAAUAUCUGUUAGGUAUAAAAAAUGAGAAUUAGGGCAGGCUAAUGCAACAUGGAAAGGGGGGCUGGGGUAACCAAAAGGUGAACCACAAGGUUAGGUGUGUGUGAGUAUAUGUAAAUAUAGAGUUAGAAAAGAAAAGGGCCAAGUUACCCUUUUAAACUUCCAUUUGGCUGUUGUUCUGUCUUUACUUUUUUGAAACAGUAGGGAAGGUUGAAGAUAUACCUGUAUUUCUGUUUGCUAUGCUUAAAAAUCACAUGUCAUUCUUUAAAUUAAAAUCAAGAUCAUUUGUAUUUAUUUUAAGAGAUAUUUAUCCUAAUUUGGACUUUCCCUCAAAUCUGAGGGACUUUUAAGAAACGCUAACAGAUUUUUCUGGAGGAAAUUUAGACAAAGCAAUGUUAUUUAAUAGACUAUUUAAAUAAGCACUAUGUUGAAUUUCACUAUACUGUACCAUUCUUUAUAAAUCAUUAAAAUAAUGUUUGAUCAAAUGGUUAAAUGGACCACUGGUUUCUUAGUGAAAUGUUUUUAGGCUUAAUUCAUUCAAUUUUCAAGUACACUUAGUCUUAAUACACUCAGGUUUGAACAGAUUAUUCUGAACAUUGAAAUUUAAUCCAUUCUUAAUACUUUAAAACUUUUGUGUUAAGAAAAACUGCCAGUUUGUGUGUUUGAAAUGUCUGUUUUGACAUCAGUCUACUAGUACAAUUUUGACAGUGCAUAUGUACUGUUACUAAAAGCUUUAUAUGCAAUUAUUAAUGUGAAGUUUCUCAUUUUUUAUUUGAUUUCCUAAAAACAUUUCAAGGGAUUUAUGUCUGCAUAUUUGUAUGUGUGUGCAUAUACACAGAUACAGAUGUGUCUAUGUAAUGAAAUUUAUGUUGCUGGUAUUUUGCUUAAAGUGAUCAUGGUUCGUUAAAUUUUUUUUAUUUUUGUAAACAUGUUCAAAAUCAGAUCAGUAGAUUGUAGGUUUCAUGGAGAACAAAGGCAGUCCUUUGAAGGCCAGAGUGUAACUUCCACAAGUGUCAUCCAUUACAAAAUGGAAAGCAUUUCAUCUACAAUCUUUGUCAAUGGUUCAUUGGUAAGUUUCAGUGAUGGAGAGUUGCACAAAUUCUCAUGCAUCUUGAUAGAAAUCUAUAAAAAUUAUUUUCAAUGUUGCAGUAGUUUUGCUGCAUGAGUAUAAAUUGGAGAUCUCAUUUUAAUUCAAAAUAUUAAAGUGAAGUAACCAAUUUUUCUAAAUUUUUUCAUACAUUAUAACUCACAGCAUUGUUCCAUUUGUUAUUACAAGUUUUGCAGUUAAAUUUAGGGAGACAGUGUAGAAAUGUCAUUCAGUAAACAAUAUCAUGUGUGAAUAUUUUAAAUGGUCAGUAGGGCAUGGACUGAGUGCUGCUAUUUUGAAAUGUGCACAGGUACACUUCCUUUUUUGUUUUUAUUUAAGGCUUUUUUUUCCAUUCAGGAAAACAUCAUUGUGAUCUGUACUGCAGGAACCAAAUGUUAUGCAUCAUACAUGUGUGUAUAAAGUACAUAAAUAUAUCUAAAUAUACAUAAUGCAGGGAGGGUGAUAUUGUCUGUGAAAUAAUAUAAGAAAAUUUUCACUUUUUAAAAAAACAGUGCAUUACUUUCACUUAACACUAGACACCCGGUCAAAAAUGUUCAAGAUUGUUGUAGUGCUCUAAAAAUUUCAACAAUUCUUAAAGAUGCUAGCUAGUGUUGAAGCUAUUCGUUUGACUUUAUUUAUGCUGAAUUUUGAUUAUUUUAAUGCCAAGUUUUUAAUUCUAAUCAUUGGUGACAACUUGGAAAUAAAUAAUUACACAGUGGCAUUUGAGUUCAUUAUUCCUAUAGGUGAGAAAGCAAGAAUGUUAAUGUUAAGCUGAUUAACGGUUAAUUAAAUCAAAUAUUUAUUUGUUACGUUGUUUCCUUUGUAUUUUAGGUUCCUAUUACAUUCUUUUUAUAUUGCUUGCUGACAUUACAUUUUUUAAGUCUAUGGAAAUAAUUUAAAGAUUUGAGCUCUGGUGGAUGAUUAUCUACUAAGUUUGAAAAUGUAAUAUUUUGAUAAUACUGUACUAUAACUGUCACACAAAUGCUUUUUUUAAUGUUUUAACCUUGAGUAUUGCAGUUGCUGCUUUGUACAGAGGUUACUGCAAUAAAGCAAGUGGAUUCAUUAAAACUA